GGCACUCUAAAUUUAGCUGCCAGAGUUCCUGAACACUCCAAACAUUUCGUAACGCUCUGAGGGCUCAGUGGGUGCUCAGGGCUUCCUUUUCUGGGCAGGGUGGCUCCUUCUGGGGGAGUUUGGCCACCCCAGUGUCCCCAGGGAGAGCGGGGCCAGCGGAGCCUCCUGCCUGGCUCAGCCACACCACCCGCUGCCGCCGUAUGCUCCGUGUUCCAGCCUCCUGGGAAUGGUUCUCCACCUUUCCCUCUCACAAACAAAUGUCAGCAUGGCUGGCAGCCAUCAGCUCUCUAUUUAAUAGCAGAGCAAAACAAUCCUGGCUUGACCGUAGCGCCAAAAGUUGACGAAGUGUCCUGAGUGUGGAGUUCUACUCUUGUUUCAUUUUAAUUAGUGUCUUCUGCCACGAGACAAAUGAUGAAAAGCACAUGGGGACUGCCAAGAUGAAUCAAGGACAUCUGGUAACUUUAACAUUUCAGCAUGAAACAGGUAAUUGCCCUUCAUUCCUGGCCUCUGCUUUAGCCAGAACAACUUCAGAUGAAGUCCUGCAGAGCGACCUCUCGGCACAUUUCCUGCCCAAGCGCGUGGACAACGCCGACGGCAUCAUCCAGAUCGAGACGGUGAAGUUGGCCCGUUUAGUUUACAGCAAACUGCACGAGAUCUGCAGCAACUGGGUGAAAGAUUUCCCCCUGCAGCCCAAGCCCCACCGCUACUACGAGACCUCCAUCCACGCCAUCAAGAACAUGCGCAGGAAGAUGGAGGACAAGCACGUCUGCAUCCCUGACUUCAACAUGCUCUUCAACCUCGAGGACCAAGAAGAACAAGCUUAUUUUGCAGUGUUUGAUGGUCAUGGAGGAGUGGAUGCUGCCAUCUAUGCCUCCAUCCACCUGCACGUGAACAUGGUCCACCAGGAGAUGUUCCAGCACGACCCAGCCGAGGCUCUGUGCCGAGCCUUCCGCGUCACCGACGAGCGCUUCGUGCAGAAGGCAGCCAGGGAGAGUCUGCGCUGUGGAACCACCGGGGUGGUGACUUUCAUCCGAGGGAAUAUGCUGCAUGUGGCUUGGCUGGGGGACUCCCAGGUCAUGCUUGUGAGGAGAGGCCAAGCUGUGGAACUGAUGAAACCCCACAAACCAGAUCGAGAGGAUGAGAAGAAGCGAAUCGAGGCCCUGGGUGGCUGCGUGGUCUGGUUUGGAGCCUGGAGGGUGAACGGGAGCCUCUCUGUCUCCAGAGCUAUUGGAGAUGCUGAGCACAAGCCAUACAUCUGUGGGGACGCAGACUCUGCCUCCACGGUGCUGGAUGGCUCUGAAGACUACCUCAUUCUGGCCUGUGAUGGCUUCUAUGACACAGUCAACCCCGAUGAGGCAGUCAAAGUGGUGGCUGACCAUCUGAAGGAGAAUAAUGGUGACAGCAGCAUGGUAGCACAUAAAUUGGUGGCAUCUGCUCGGGAUGCCGGCUCCAGCGACAACAUCACCGUCAUUGUGGUGUUUCUCAGGGACAUGAACGCGGCGGUCGCGGUCAGCGAGGAGUCGGACUGGACAGAGAACUCUUUCCAAGGUGGGCAAGAAGACAACGGGGAAGACAAGGAGAACCAUGGAGACUGCAAACGGCCGUGGCCCCAGCACCAGUGCUCAGCACCCGCAGAUUUAGGCUAUGAAGGACGAGUGGACUCCUUCACCGACAGAACUAGCUUAAGCAUAGGCUCCAGCGUUAACCCCUUGGAUGAUCAAGGCUAUUUAGACCUGACAAAAACAGAAACUAGUACACCUCAGAGUGCCAAAUGUCUGCCACCAGUCCAAGUGUUUAGUCCUGGCAUACCAAAGAGCGCGGGUUCCAUCAGCAGCUCCCCGGUGAAGAGCGAGGCCCCGGAGCCCAGCGCGUCCUGGGGCUGCGGGGGGAACCAUCGCGGGGAGGACGCCCCUCUGAGCCCGGGGGCUGCAGGGCAGGGCAUCUACAGGGUCAGGGGCUUAGCCCCCAUCUCCUUCGGGCUGGAAGAUGAACUGUUCAAAUCCUUGGGAAAACGAGCUGCGGUCCCUCAUUUCCGGCUCUGCAACGGGAAGAGGCGGCGAGGAGCCAGGCUCAAACCAAAGUUUCACACGCCGCUCUGGGCUCAGGAGCCUUCCCAGGGAGAAGGAUCCGGCCUGCCCUUCCCUGCCCGGGGCCGCAGGAGCAGGAGGGCGUUGGCCCGACCCUCCCCGUGGCGGUGGCUGCCCAGCCACGGCUCUUACAGCGAGUGUUCGAUGCGAAGACAAAGUCAUUGUAUACCAGACCCACACCUUCAUCAAUGCUGUAAAAUGUAACCACUCCCUCGUGUUCCCCUGUCAGACUCCCAAAGUAGACAUUCCCAAAAUAAAACUGGCAUCAUCAGAAAGUGAAAAAAAAAAAAAAAAAAAACAAAACCGAAAAAAAAACAACAACAAAAAAAAAGAGGUGGGCAUUUCCGAACUGUACUCCAGUCCCCUGCCAAGCUCCACCCCUGUGUAAAUAGAACUAGGAAUUAAGCAAUGUAGUUGUUUGGAUCUCUAACAAAGUUUGGUGGUGGUGCCACCCCCAGCAAUGCCGCAGCCGCCCGACCACCCGCACACACGAGUGUCCAGCCACAUCCAGCAGGGAGAGCCCAGCAGCCGCUGCACGAGGACAGACAGCGCCAGGGCACGGUCCUUAACCACGCAGAAGGUUGCACCUGCCUGAGAAAUGUCUGUGGAGCAAUACUCAAAGAACGAUCUGGGUUAGAACUGCCAAAUUUUUUUUUUUUAGAGCGGGGGGGGAAGUUUCUGUAGAGUCGAGGUGUGGGGGUUUUUUUGGGUUUUUGUUUUUCUUUUCGUGUUCUGCUUUCUGUUUAUUCCAGGUGAGCGUUAAGAUGAAUUAGAAAAUUACAUCCACUUUUGCAGGUAGACGACUAAAAGCCAUACAGGGUUUACCAGGUACCUUAGGAAUGGACACACUAAGCUCCUGCUGCUCUGGUCUCACACUCCCAUCGAGGUCUUAAAAGAACCCAACCCGUGGAGGGCUCCAGUCCCACCCUCCGUCCCCGUCCCCGCGGAGAUCAGGAGCUGUUGGAUGAGCUGUGUGGUUCUGGUGAGGAUUCCCAGGUGGCAAAGGCAGCAUUUCACAGCCAGUGGCAGCAGGAAGGACGCAGCACCGCGGCUGUGUGUUCAGGGUGCGCAGGGAUGGAUGAUGCCGGAGCAGCCCAAAGGGGAUGCAAAUGCCGAGGAUGCAGCAGAGCAGGGCUGGGCCUUCAGCAGAGAGGGAGGAGCUCAGUGCCCGGGCUGGGCUCUGCUCCGGCUCCCCGGGUCCGGGAGGGCCAGGGAGGAACUCAGCUGCCCUUCUUUGCAUAAGCAGCGGCCCCCAGCCCCUCCCCGCUCCCGAGGUGAGGUCACACCCUCGGGGGAGCCGCUAAUUGGGACGUAAAUAAGCGGCCGAUUCCCAUCAGCUCCACUAAGUCCAGAUCCCGUUCCUACCCUCUGUUACAGCGAUGCACUGGGAGGAGUAUGAACAAAAUAAGUCUUCAUAGGCACUUAGUGAACAAUUCAUAUCAUUUUAGCAGUAACAAUAGCAGUAUUAGUGUUUAGCUAGAAUUUGCAAGUAUUUUAAUAUUAAGUAAUCAAGAAAAUUAUUCAACAUGACAAGAUGGCGAGGCUUGAAUUCCGCCGAUUUCCGCUGCUUCUCUCUUUGAUGCACUAUUUUAAAAGCAAUCUGAUGAACAGCAAAAGGCUUUGUGAGCAACCAGGAGUUGGAGUGUGGCUUUAGAUUCCUUUGAUCUUUUUCAGACUUUGUUUUAAUCUUACGGGAUCAUUGGCUCUUAUCUGCCAUCUUAUUCUGCCUUAGCUGUUGUCAACGUUCUCUUUAGCUGCAGCUUCUGUUCCAAGUCAGAUUUACCGAGGAAAUUUGAGAAACCAUGAAAUGGUAAAAUAUGCAACUCUGGGGCAUCUCUGCGGUGCCUUUGUUUUAAAUUAUUCACAGUAAUAAUGACUCACUGAAAGUCCAUCUUUAGCUGACUGUCGUGUUCUGGAGAGAAAGGUGGUGUAAGUGCAAUUCUUGAUGUGAGUAAAUUAGAAUGCAAACCCGUCCCGGAUGAUAAAACUUCUUCCCAGUCUGCAGGAGCAGUUGAAGAGCACUGGACUGCAUGUGUGCUGUUUUGGGAAGGAUCUAGCUUUUUUAGGUGUGGAUUCAUAAAUGGUAAUUCUGCGACUCAUCCCAUUUAUCUUGCUAGGAGAAAAAAAAAUAAAUCCACCAUCGUAGUUGCAGUGUGGUCAGGUAAAACCAUUGUAUAGAUAGAGCAAGUGUUCAUUUCUUCACUAACUGCAUAUUUAUAGAGUAGAUAGGAACCAUUUGUAAGGUAAGUCCUUUAAAGUUCUAUAAUAUUAAAAGUAGUGGUUAUUGGUCUGAUUAUGCUGCUCUUGAUUCUACACACUAGACAAAAAGCAGUGCUUGUGAAAUGCAGUGUUUUCUCUUAAUGCCACUGGUGAUAGGAAGUAGUUCCUUCAGUUCAAACUCCUGUGCCCUUAUCUGCUGCUUGCUGACGUAAGCAAUAAUCCCUCUCUAACGGUAUCUAAGUGUUCUGUAUCUCGUACCUUGAUCGUCUAUCUGGUGACAGUGUAAAAUAUUAGGCUAAUAGAGAAGUAUCUCAUUGUAUUUAUUAACUGUUGAUACUGAGAUUUAGUCUGUGACCUGUGUUUUGUAUUUUUAUCGUGUAUCUUAGUGGUGGUGAAAAUUUGUACAACGAAUCUUUCCAAUAAAGAGCUGAAGUAUCCCUCAUCCGCGUUCACACAACCCCGCAUCCCUCGCGGUGACCGUGGUUGCAGAACCAGGAGGUAGCAGUGACAACAUGACUUUAGUUUUGUUCUGUUUCACUUGUGGUGGUUUUGAGGAAGGGGCUCGGGGCUGGUUUUGCCUGGAGCUGCUCAAAACUCGCUGGUAAGCUCUUGACUGUGAGCGCCGCGGGGCUUUUCCAACCCUGAGCAACGUGUGCGGUGCAGAGAGCAGAACAGCACCAGGGCAGGGAGCUCUUCACCCAUUCCAUUUGCACUAGAGGUGGGUGGAAACGCACGUGUGGAACUUUUCUUUACCUAGAAGUGCCAUCCAUUGUCCUUGCGAGUGAGAACCGUUCGUAGCCGAGCUGCGGCGCCGCGGCGCUGGAGGACAAUGUCCAAGCAGACUUUAACUUACACCACGUUUCUGGUGGUGCAUCAUCCUAGAAACUCCGCCUGUUUUUGGAGCACUGUGUGUCAGUUGUCCCAUGGGCAGAUGAGGCACAAGGAGUUGUGUGCACAGACAUGGCUGCUGUAGUUCAGGUCCGCUCUCUCCUCACCAAAUCCUCCCGACCCCAAGAUUCUGCGGGAAUAAAGCAAAAUGAGAAAGAUUGGUCUAAAUUAGGGCUGUUUUAGCACAAUUUCUUCACUCGGCACUCAGUCACAUAAACAAAGCCAUCCAAGGGGAUACUGCAGCUUUGUUCAUGUCUGUAAUUUAGGGCAAUCUUUCUUUAAUUCACAUCCUCUUUGCGACAGGAACAAAACUUUCUCCCCUCGUAUCAUGUGCAAUAAUAAGGAAGCAUUAACAGGACCUCGGAGCCCGAUGUCCGUGCCCCUCUCCAGCCCUGGCACCCCAGCCAUGGCACAGCCCUUGCCAGCAUUAAAGACAAACAAGCCCCACCUGUCAGGGUCUCGUACAACCCUUGUCGUGUCCGGUCUUUCCUCUCCUUCCCUCUGAAGACACCUCGGGAUGAGCACGGGGAGGUGGCUGAGCUCACCCCGAGUGCUGCUGCUCGUGGCCAGCCAGGCACGGUCUCAGCUCCUGGGUGCUCCUGCUGACCUUUCUGUAGUACCUUGUUCAUGAGACAUGUUCUUUAUGAAGUGAAUAAAUUCAAGCUAAAUCAUGUACCGGUGUUGGGACUUUUCCAUUUGCAAUCUUGUUCUACAGUUCACCCGCCAGUUUAGUUCUAACCAUGUAUUAGUCAUCCAUAUUUUAUUUAUGAAAGCUGUUUAUACAGGAAAAACUGUUGAAGUUUUACCAAUAUCUUAAUAAAACUAAUUUAAACCACA